AUGCGCUUUUGCAGCAGCCGACGUCAGCAUGCGGCUGUCGCUUUGCACUCCAUUAUCUCCAUCAUCAUCAGCAUUUGGCUCCUGGUCAGGGGUCAAUUGGAUGACUCAUUCGUGACGGCCAGAAACGUGAGGCCACUGAGGCAUCAACGCAUCUCACAAGCCGCCUGUACGGGUCAAGGAGAAGGGACACCGUGGCGACCAGGGCCAGCAAAGGUGCGCAGCCUGGCAGGGCAGAAGGCCCGGCAGCUUUUGGUGGAGAAUCCGGUCCUUUUCGAGGCGAGGAUUAGGAUCCUCUGCGCAGUCGCUUGA